AUGGAUACUGAGAAGAGACUCUAUGAAGCUACAGUUGUAGGAGAUGUUAGAGUUUUACAAGAAUUACUUCAACAAGAUACUUUGCUUCUUGAUAGACUUACUCUAACUUGCUUCAAUGAAACUCCUUUGCACAUAGCAGCACUGCGUGGGCAUAUCGAGUUUGUGAGGUUAAUUCUGGCUCAAAAUCCUCAGCUUGCUGUUGAAUUGGAUUCGAGAAAGUCAUCUGCUCUUCACAUAGCUUCGGCCAAAGGGAACCUACAGAUCAUCGAAAUGUUGUUAGUGGUGAAUUCUGAAAUGAGCCUUGCUUGUGAUCGCGAUGGUAGAAAUCCUCUACAUUUUGCAGCCAUCAAAGGUCAAGUUGAAGCCGUCAAAGAACUGAUGCAUGUCAUGCCUCGUGCAGCUCUUGGAACAACGACAAAUGGAGAAACUAUUUUGCAUUUGUGUGUGAAGCAUAAUCAGCUGGAGGUUCUCAAGUUGCUAAUGGAUAUUAAAUGGUGUUGGGUUCCUAGUAUAUGA